AUGUCAAUGUUGUCUCUCAAGCCUUUGAUGGAUCGCAAGAUCCAAUCACUUUUUCCAAUUGUAUUGUAUUCAAUUCUAAUCUUAGCAGUUGCAAGGUUAGUCCUGGAUAACUUGAAGAGCAAGCAAAGCCAUGUUUUUCGACUAUAUGACAUGUCAUCCGGUGGAAAGAAUAGGUUACCAGUUGCCGUGUCACCAGAGGAUCGCAAUGCAGCGGAAUGCAAUGUAUUUGAAGGGACGUGGGUUUGGGAUAAUGUAUCUUAUCCUCUUUAUGAAGAAGAGAGUUGCCCUUACUUGGUCAAGCAGACCACUUGCAAGAAAAAUGGGAGACCUGAUUCUUUCUACAAGAAUUGGAGGUGGCAGCCUCAUGGAUGUAGUCUUCCAAGGUUUGAUCCUUUGAAGAUGUUACAUGUGUUGAGGAAUAAAAGAAUAAUGUUUAUUGGAGAUUCAUUACAAAGAAGCCAAUUUGAGUCUAUGAUCUGUUUGGUGCAAUCUGUAAUUCCUGAAGGAAAGAAAUCCCUCACAAGAAUUCCACCUAGGAAGAUCUUCAAAUCUGAGGAUUUCAAUGUAUCGAUCGAGUACUACUGGGCUCCAUUCCUGGUUGAAUCAAUUUCAGAUCAUGCAACAAAUCAUACAGUACAUAAAAGAAUGGUGAUGCUUGACUCAAUAGCUAAGCAUGGCAAACAUUGGCAAGGAGUUGACUUUUUGGUGUUCGAGAGCUAUGUUUGGUGGAUGCACAGCCCUUUCAUCAAUGCGACAUAUGGAUCACCAUACCAAGUUCAAGAAUAUAAUGUCACUACAGCUUACAAGUUGGCAUUGAAAACAUGGGCAAAUUGGUUAGAAUCGAAUAUUGAUCCGUAUACGCAGAAUGUCUUUUUCAUGAGUAUGUCUCCUACACAUUUAUGGAGCUGGGAAUGGAAUCCAGGGAGUGAUGAAAAUUGCUUCAAUGAAUCAUAUCCAAUCCAAGGUUCAUAUUGGGGUACAGGCUCAAAUCUUGAGAUUAUGAAGAUAUUACACGAUUCACUACAGAAACUGGAAAUAGAUGUCACCCUGUUGAACAUCACCCAGUUAUCAGAGUACAGAAAAGAUGCUCACACCUCAGUUUACGGCGAGCGAAAGGGCAAGCUCCUGACCAAAGAACAGAGAGCUAACCCGAAAUCUUUUGCUGAUUGUAUUCACUGGUGUUUACCUGGAGUUCCUGAUACAUGGAAUGAAAUACUAUAUUCAUAUCUGUUGAAGAAAUAUCAAAACUUUUCCUAA